AUGGCGUGGUGGGAUAUGCAGCACCGAACUGUCGGUGCCUCGCCGCGGCCAAGACCACGGCUCGUUAUGGGGGAUGUCUUCCCCAGGCUAGAGCCUAGACACAUCGACAGACACGCUGCCAAAAUGGAGCGAGAGAACGCAUUGCUCUCGCCUGUCUUCGAGGAGCAGCAAAGCCCUCCCUCGACACCGGCUCUGGCGGUUCAUGUCGAGAUUCGCUUCACUGAUCCCGUCAUCCGGUCCAGAUACUGCCGCAGCUACGGCAGCUCGCCCGGGCUUGAAGCCACCAACAGGAUAUGUCGAGGUCUCGUGCGGCGCAUUGAGCGCUGCUCUGAAGAGCUUCUUACCCGCAAGGACUCGGGCGCUCUGGAGGUGUUCAAGGGUGACAGCUACGAGCGCAAGCCGCUGAGAUUCGAGAUGACGUUUCGGAUCUCGACAAGGGACAAGGGCGAAUGGGCUGAACGGUCAUACCGGUCUUACCAGAAACAGCCCCUGACCGUCGCGCUCACCAAGGAAAUCAUCCUUGCCACUCAUAGGAUGAUCGGACUCUUCUUGCGCCGCCACGACGAGAAGUUUCAGUGGCUCGACUGUCCAGUGCCCGAUGGAGAGUCCGAAGGAAGUGAGACUUUCGUCCCGUCUCGAGGUUGCCCCUUGUCGCUCUUGUCAAUUCCCCGCUCUCGUUUCAUCGAGGCCAGCCAGACCUUCGAGUUCGUACCCGGAUACAGCAUUGAUUUCUGCUUCCGAAGCAGCAAUUUGCAACGGAAAAUCCCAAGCUUCGAGAGAAGGGUUAAGGUCAAUAGCACCCAAACUGCCCCCUUGACCUUGUUCAUGAGCGAGAAUCUGUUUUGGAAGACGGAGCAAGUCCUCAACCAGAGAUUGGACUCCAGGAGGCGGGAGUUUGAGGACCAGCUCCGGUGUUCUAAGGCGGGCAGCAGCCAGUAUUCUGAUGACGGCGCACUUCAAAUGGACCUUAGAAUAUGCAACAAUCUAGGCCCCGUCUACAGCCAUGUGCACAGAAGCAUCAGCAGCCAGCUGGCGCUCUUCCAGGACCGCGAAGCGAGAGAUUGCGAAGAAUUCCUUUGCGACAUUGAAAAUGUCCUGAGCCACAUGAGGAAUGAGGUUGAUGCCGCACUUGACGCCAUGAAUGACCUGGAAAUAGGAAUAGUCGAGCUCAAGGGCGUGGGUUGGACGCUACGAGAGCCGGCAAAGUUCGUUCUGGGACCGGAAACCUCUCAUGAUCGGAAGACGAUCCAAGCAGCACUUGAACGGGUUCAAACCGGAAUCGGGGACGUCAUUCGCGGCCACAACAUCGCGAUUCACAUCAACGCUCGGAAACGAGGUCACAUUGUCUUGGACAAAGCCAUUGUCGCCCACGAGAAGCGCGGGAAGCCCAAAGAGACAUUCAGCUCAUACAAGGAAGAACAAGCAACUCUGGUUACCAGACUGAAAGCUCGGAUCCAGAAGGACAUUGACAAGAUCUUUGAGGAUUCGUGUUCUAUCAACGACAUCUCCGAGGAUCAGGAGGACUAUUUCUGCCGACCCAGGACACCUAUGCCGCCUGAGUACGGGUUGCCUGAGGGAGCGUGUUCACCGUCGUCAGUUAGGUCCUCGCCGCCAAAGCAAUCCAGGGCUCCGUUCAUGCAAGUCUCGCCAAGGCUGCGCCCACAACGUGUAUUCUCUCUAUCCAGGCGCUCUACCGAGUCCGUCAGGUCGGUUGAUUUUCUCCGGCCAGCGUUUGAAUCUUUCCCGUAUGACAGCAGCAGGCCCAGUAGCGGGGCUAGCAGCCGGGCAUCGGAGCAACAUGGAGGACGAGACAUCCUUCAGAGUCGUGAGUCUCUGCUUGCUGCAGCUGAUAUCAGGCCUGCGCGACGAUCAUUUUCUCUGGUGCCUGGGAAGUCACCAACCUUCUUGCGUGCCGGCAACUCCUCUACACCUGCUGAGGAGCAAGCUGUGAACUGCGACGAGGGCAGCCAGAGUGGUAAGCGGGCUCCUCCCGAGUAUUCGGUGGAUGUGCUCCAAGCUCCGGCAGAAGGGUGCGCUCGCGAGGCUAUGACGUCGGGCAAGGAGGAGAUGAACCCUCCGGUUGACUUAACAGGGACUGUCCCUGCAGCCGUUGCCUCCGACCCCGCGGUUCAGCAACCCGUGAUCCUACCCGAGAAUGACGAGAGCAAAGAUGCAUCGUUGGCUGUCAGCCAAGUCAGGCAUAGCAGAAUGGACACGCCGGAUGCCUUUGUCGAUGCCCGUGAAUACGUGGCCACUCCGCUGGCGCAAGAGCCCCCGGCUUGCCAGCGGUUCGGGAUGCUGGAGGAUGAAGCCCGAAGAGGCAAAGACGACGACACAUUCUCGACUGCGCCAUCAACCCCUGAGUUAAGCAUGGGAGGCUCUUCGCCAAGACACAGUCUCCUAAUGUCACCGGUUCAAGCCCGGACGGAUUUGGAAGCGAAAGGUCCGAUUGUCCAGGAGGUUGAUCCGGAAUUCGAGUUUGGGGAUGCAGAAGUACAAUUGAAUGGGCAUGCUGCUGCGGAUCAUGCUCUUAAAGAGGGCACGAAGUGCCCCGCAACGGACGAGUCAACAGUCAGCCAGAACAACUCACAGGGCAACUGGAAACCGUUGCAAGUAACCGAAGUACCCGACCAGUUGACUCCAGCACAAGGCAGUCACACUGAUGACGCGGACAACAGCCUGAGCUCGGCGGAACGUAUCGGCCCAGAAGCUCGGGCUGUGUCACUCGAUGCGGUCAUGCCCGGCAGCUUUCCUUCGGCUCUAACGCCCACUGCAGAGGUAUCUACCGCAUUGUACGGGCCCAACACUGUAUCCGAAUCGGCAUCGGAGGGUCAGGACCAUACUGGGAUUCUCGGGGCCGAGUUCAAUGGUGGAUCCGACAGCUCCUCCCAUACUUCGGACUUCCCCACUCCUGAAGUCCGGAGGUCGGACACGGACCAGGAGCUAGGCCAUGCCUCAGUUUUGCAUGGUUCUAAGGUCAGCUCUGCCAUGAGCUCUCCCAGUAAUGUACUGGGGUCUUCAGCACGGGCCGAGCCCUCUGCCAUUGAAGCCGCCGGGAGUGAACUCGGCGCCGGAUGCGGUGCCGAAGUGAAGCCCGCAGAGGACAAUGUGAGCAGGUGUGCUCAAGAUGACGCGUCUAUAGCGCCUCCUGGCAAUCCGAAUGAAGCUGGUGGUGCCGAGCCGGAGGCGGUCCCGUCGGAGUCCGAGGUCGCAGACGAGAUUCCUCGAGGAACCGAGCAGGUCACCGAGAACAUACCCCAGGGUGAUCAAGGUCGCGAAUGCACAGACACUAGACGGAUCCCGGCCAGUGAUGUCGGAUCCGACGCGGAUAUUGUGCGCCAUGACGGUGGAAAGGCGGUUGAUGACGGGCCCGGGCUCGUCACCGAGAAGGAAAAGGAGCCCUCUGACAAUGUGGACAUCCCUUGUGCGGAUGUUGGUUCCGCCGAGCAGUGCGAGCAUGCCCCUGGCUACGAUAAUUCUGCGGCUCAGCUACUCGAAACCGCGGGCAACGGCGCAGCGGAGACCUAUGGGUCUGAACCUGGGACCGAAGCUCUCGAUAAGCCCGAGAACCGAGUUUCUGCCGCCGUCACACCUGUCGCUGAUCCCGCAAUAAACGGGACAAGCGUCAAGGAUGAAGUGGGCACUUCGGAUCCGGUUGCUGUGCCCGAACAUACCGUGGCGGAGCCAGGGCAGCAGAAUGACGGUUACGGCUCGGCACCAACAGGUACCGGAGUCGAGGAUGGGGUCGAACUCGACAUCGGCCCCGAUGGUAAGGGUAUGACCGGUGCUGCCCUCUCGGAUAUCGAACCAGUGCUUUAUGAAGACGUCGGAACCGCCGUUGAAGACUUCGCACCCGAAGCUCAAGCUGCAGCGUCCGAUGCCGGGGAUACAAGUUCACCGGAUGGAGCAGAGGUCGAAGAGGAAUCGGUCACGGUUCCGACAGCGACUGAGACUACCGAGGCCAGCAUUCUGGGACAGGCCAUUGGUGAGGAAGUCAAAGAAGAACUCAUCGCGGUGCCAACCGUAGCCAGUGUCAUCGGAACCGAGCAACCCGAUGUUGCCGAUGGAGUCGAGGAAGAAUCGAUUAUGGCUCCGAACGGGACCGGCACAACCGAACCCGGAACCCCGGAAGCGAAUCUCGGCAGGCACAUCGAGCGCGAGCUCGGUGAUUCAACUAACGUCUCGGACGGGAUGAAGCUUGACGAUGAGAGUGUCACCAAGGCACCUGUCUCUACUGAAACCGCCGGCGUAGACACUGAUGAUGAGCUCAACGUUCGAGGUGAUCGUGAUGCCGCUGAUGAGCCUGCUACUCUAGAGCAUGUUUCUGAGCUCGAGUCUGGCCAGGAACAGCUUGCAACCAGGGUCGAUCAGGUUCAGGAACUGACGGAGAAACCUGCUGAGAGCGCUGCUGAGACCGAGCCGAAGGAACUUGAGCAUGAACUCGAUGUCCAAACUAUCAGGCUUGGACAAGAGGAGGCUUAUGGCCCUGAUCUGACGGCGGAAACUGAAACGGAGGCCGUGGCUGAAGAAUACCAGGGCGCUGAGGGCGACGCAUUUGUCCCCGAGGCGGAAACUGAUCCGUCCAAGGAGUCCCUGGGAGAAUCCGGCAGAACCGAGCUCAAGCAGAGUAUUCCCGUCGAACCGGAUACCGCAGAGCCGCAAUCUUGCGACAAGAUUGCUGCGCUCGAACCAUCUAUCUCAGACCUCACUGUCACUGUCCCGGUUCCCGAAGCCUCGACUGUACAGGCCGAUGUCAGCACCAGCAAACAAGGUCUGCCGGCUUGCAUCGACAGUUUGCCAACGGAACCUCUGGCCACCGAAAUACCCCUCUCUGGGCCCGCUCCAGAACUGUCGUUGGAUCCAGUAAAAGAAAAGCCCCAUCUCGCUCCAAUGCCAGACCUGUCGAUACUUUUCCCGGCGCCAACCCGAACGAGUUUCUCCUCCGACACAGCCUCCUUCAAAAGCACAGCCCGCAACUCAGUCGACACCAUCCGUCCUUCAAAAGACGAGCAAAGCCACCUGCCAACCCCUACCCUUGAGCCCGACCAUACCAGCUCCAGCCGCCUCAGACCGGCAACGGCAGGCUAUCUCGGCAUCGGCCUCCGCGGAUCCCACUUCGUCGAAGUCGGGCUGCGCGGCGCGCUGGGUGAUGUCAAGGCCCGCCAGCUGAGCUUGCCCCUCCAGCAUAUGUUGGACCAGGAGACAAUGGACGGGCGAUCUUCGGCGGCGGCCGAGCGGCCAAGCGCUCCGACCUCUGAAGCCGGCGGUAAGGGGCCGGGGUUGAGGAAGCGGGAGGCCGGUGUUGCUAAUAGCAAGCUGACUGGAGCGGAUGGAGAUGGAGAUGGCGAGGUGGCGGUGCUGCCUAGGAUGAUGAUGUUGCUUGCCGGAGCAAUGGUGAUUGGGAAGAUCAUGGGAAGGUCCAUGCCUGAGUAACACCGAUUUUGGGCAAAUCAGUCCUGAUUGCAUUGGUUAAACUUUGUCAUCGAGACACUCUGUAUUAUUUUCUUGUAUUUUUCUUUUUCGUUGUAUCAAGGCGUUGAUGGGUAGAGCAUGGCAUGGCAGGCUUGUUUUGAGAGGUUCAUGAUUGCAUUGGAGUAAUGGGCAAGGGCGGAGGUUCUGAUCUACUUCUACUAAGGGACACAAAAGGAUGUAGAAAGAGGGACAGCUUGUACGAGGUCGGUUCGUGGUGCAAGGAGUACAUAUUACUGUAUUUGGAUAUGCAUAGCAGAUUGGGAUUGAGCGUUUUGAGCAGCGUUGGAAAAAGGUUGUACACUAAAGGGCGCAACGGAAUGAGAGGAACAUCGGUAUCCGGAUGGGAAUAAUAGCAUACAUCAGCAUGCUGAACUGUG